CUCUCUCGCUCUCGCUCGUACGGGGACACGGCGCUGCAUACGAGCGCACGCUACGGGCACGCGGGCGUCACGCGUAUCCUCAUCAGCGCCAACUGCCGCGUCUCCGACCAGAACAAGAACGGAGACACGGCGCUGCACAUCGCCGCUGCUAUGGGCCGGCGGAAGCUCACCCGCAUCCUGCUGGAGGCUGGCUGCGACCGCUCGCUCAAGAACAAG